AGACGAAGGAACUGAGGCCUAAAGAAUUACAAAAAAAAACAUAAAAAAAAUAAAAUCCAUACUCAAUCCUCUCCUGGCUGCCUUGAACUGAGCAUCUUUGGGUUACCUCUCAAUUCCCUGUUAUUCCUAAAUUCCCAGUCUUCUAAAAGCACAUUAACUUUCAGGCCUGGGUUUUUCUUCUUCCUCAUCCCUUCAUGCCUCUUUGGAUAACGAGCUGCCUAGAUGGAAGACUGUCCCAGUAUUCGGGUCUGCACUGUGGAUGAAAAUCUCUGGGAAGGUUACAGAGAGGGAGUGGAUGCAGGUAAAGCCUUUGCACUUGAACAAGGCUUCCGUCAAGGUUACAGACAGGCGGCCGAGAAAGUUCUGAUGUAUGGACAGGUCAGGGGAACAUUAAGUGCCUUGCUCUCCUGGUGUCAGCUUCAAGAUAAUGGCUCAGCAGCCAUCGGGAGAAUCAACAGCCUUUUGGACGCACUUGACCAGUGCGAAGAUUCGGCGCUCAGGUGUUUGACUUCUGUCACUUCCGAGGUUCACGUUGUGGACAUCUUGGAUUCUAUCCAGGAUAUGGACCUUUGUGCCGCAGCUCCAACACAGAAAAGGGAGGAUGGAGAUGAAGAGGGAAGAUCUGCAGAGUACAGUGCCGAGCUGGAGAAAACAUGCAACAAGAUUGAUGGGGGAACGGACAGUUCACUGUCUACAGCUCCUAGAACAUGGGAGCACAUCCGUUCCACGCAGGAGAAUUUCACUUGGAUUGUACAAGAAACCUCCACUUUAACGGAGCAGCUCGGUAUACAGUUAGACAUAUUAGAGCACAUCAAGAACUUGACAAGCUAAAUUCGGUUUUCCAACAAAAAUAUAAUAAAAUUAUUAUGCACAAGA